CAACACUGGAUCGGCGGUGUUGUUUUUCAGUCAUAUGUUACGAAGCAGCGUACAAAACGGAAUAGUGAAAAGACUGCGAAAUGAGGAAGGCACGAGACGAAAAUAGUGUCUCAGCAUAACAACCCUUGUUUUUGUUAUUGGACAAACACCUGUAUUCCACGCCCGAACCAUUAAAAAAGCCUCUCAAACUCGUUUCGAAACACUUCCGCGUUAAGGCAAACGGUGGGGUGUGUUUUAUGUUCUGUGCGCGCUUCGACAAAUCGUACCUGUAAAGCCUGGCGGGGAAAGAUUGAGGAUCGUGAAACCGGAAGUUAUCAGUUUUAUCGCAUACUGAACGGCGGAUCAGCACGAUGGUGAUAUCGGCGGAGCAUGAGCGUAACGGUAUAGCCGACUUCUUUACCCAGGUUGAUCCUGAAGUGCGCAAAGUUACACUAGCGAUUGGGAACAUCAUCUCGAAGAACUCCAUCAAAGAAAUCACGUUGGAAAAAUCUUUAAACGUUAUGAUGGAACAUUGCCGUGAUGCUGGAUCGUUGCUGGCUAAAAAUAUCGUUAAAACUGAGUACCUCGUCAAAUACCUGCAAAGCUACAACAUUAACUUACCACAAGACAGUUCUAAGGCGAUGAUAAUCGAGCACUGCUUGCAACUCUGGAGGCGCAAGUACGGCAGCUCCACGGACGCAUCUUACGUACCAUCAUCGAACGACAUGCCGGGACCGUCGUCCACUUCGUACGCAUUUCCAUCGACAUCCGCAGACUCCAGCUGUUCUAGUGGCACAACGCUUCAAAACCACAUCGAUAACUAUAACGCAUUGGCUGCUUCGUCGAAUGGUGUGUUCUUCAGUGAAAAUACCAACGGACCAGGCGAUGAAUCGGACACCGAACCACCCGGCCUCGAGCAAUAUCCGGUGAAUCUGCUUGCACUCGACUAUACCGUGUGGUUCUUUCUCAAGUGGAACCGCAACUCGCUGGACGAAAGUGCUUUCUGGAACGAUGCCAAUUGCACAGUCAUGCUGGAGAUCAGUGAAACACAGCAAGGCACCGAACAGGUGUGCGGCCCACAGGACAUCAUCAAUCUGAUCCUUAGCCUUAAGUUCCAGUACAACUUUCAGCUAGUGCCGAACAUAAUGUUCGAUGGAUGUCAAGGACGGAUUAUGGAGUCGGGCGUGCUGGCGCUUUCAUGUGGCGUCGUGUACAACAAUCAACCCGGUCCGGAUAACCGGUUUGUGUGUUUGGGAGAGUUUGAAACGCUUAUCGGACUUCGGCGCGAUCCGAUGGAGAACAACAAUUGGAAGAUAAGGAUGCUGAAACUGUACAUACGGUACAAGAAGGUGGACAAUCUGCCCGCGCUGGCAAACAGUAAAAUGCUCAACAACUGUCUAAUGAUUCCACUAACGAUGGAUAUCGUCUAGGAUAUCGCACGAAUGCGAUGUUUUCGCAAAAUUUCACUUCUCACGCUCAAACACAACGUGCCUUUUAGUUGAUAGACUAUGGUUAGCUGCGGUGCAAUGUUAUACGUUACGUGCAAUGCCAAUGCGUUGGCCUUAGUGUCUUAGUAGUUAUCAUAAGAUUGUAAAAAUAGAUCAAAAUUUUAACAGAACAC